UAGAUUUUAAUUGCAUUUAGAAGUUCUGUCAUUCCUUUCUUUAGUUGUGUGUUUGUGGACAUGUUGUUGUCACAGGCUGCGUCCUGAGGACCAGAGGCCGGAAGAGUUCAAAAGAAACAAGAGAAAGAAGAAACGUCCCGCGGCGAAGAGGAGAGGCUUCUGGUUGUGAUGAACGAGUGGAUUCAGCUCCUUGAAGACUGACACGUGAUUCAGCCAAUAGCCACCGAGAGGAACACGUGACCGCGAGGCUUCCACCAAUCGGCUGCAGUGGGCGGGGCUACCGUCCAGCUAACGUAAGCGUUGCUAGUAGGAAGAAGAAGCGGAUUCUGGAAGCCAUUACGCUGCGCACAGAAAUUGAGUAAAUCUACUAUUUUGCGUACAAUACGCACAAUUACUUCCACAAAAGAGGAAUUCCCGCAAUAAUGGCAUCGAUUGCGAAAAAGAGAAAAAUGAAUUUCUCGGAGCGCGAGGUGGAGAUCAUAGUGGAGGAGAUCGAGAAGCAGAAGCACACUCUGGUGAACCACUUCAACGCGGGCGUCACGCACAUGGCCAAGAACGGCGCGUGGCUGGACAUCCUGAAGAAGGUCAACGCGGUCACCACCUGCCCGCGCGAGCUGCCCGAGGUCAAGAAGAAGUGGUCCGACAUGAAGACCGAGGUCCGGCGCAAGGUGGCCCAGGCGCGCGCGGCCAUCGAGGGCACGGCCACGGACUGCACCCCGGUGCCCGUGAUCCUCACCGCCAUGCAGCAGCGCAUCUGCAACCUGCUGGGCGAGGCCACCAUCAUCAGCCUGCCGGCGGGGGACUCGGACCCCGAGCUCAGCCUCCCGGUGACCGUGACCACCACCGUCACUCUGGCGGAGACUCUGCCAGGCGGCUCCGUGUGUGAGGAGGUGAAGCCGGCCAAUGCAGAAACCACCUAUCACACGCUGGAGGAUGGUGGCGUGGUGGAGUACUGCACCACCACCGUCAGCGACUCCGCCCCCUCCGUGGCGGCGGCCGUCGAGGCCCCGGCGGAGAUGCUGGCGUCCUCCUCGGCGUCGCCCCCCCCCCCUCAGGCCAAGCCUCAGGAGCUGAAGAGCCGCAUCGCCCUGAACUCGGCCCGCCUGCUGCAGGAGCAGCGCGUCACCAACGUGCACAUCCGGCAGAUCGCCCAGCACCUGGAGGGCCAGAACGAGCUGCUGCUCCUGAUGCGGCGCUCCCAGGAGGCGCAGGCCUUCGCCCAGGAGCGCCAGGCCCAGGCCCUGGAGGGCACCCAGGCCGCCCUGUUGGCCCUGGUCCAGAUGCUCAGGCCGGCACUCAAAGACCUGCGCAAGUUCCUCCAGAGCGGCACCGAGGGGACAGGAGCCGAGGGGACAGGAGCCGAGAGGACAGGAGCCGAGAGGACAGGAGCCGAGGGGACAGGAGCCGAGAGGACAGGAGCCGAGGGGACAGGAGCCGAGAGGACAGGAGCCGAGGGGACAGGGCCGAGGGCCGAAACCCCCAGCCGGGGGCCCAGGCCAGCAGGCAGGGGCGGGCCCUGGGGGCCAGGGGGCAUGGGUUUUUUCCGCUAA